CUCAGCGGGUUCCCUAGCCUGAGCUCCCAGGCCCUGCUCCCUCCCCUGGCUCCUCCCACUUUUCCUUCGGCCUCUCUUUUUCCUCCUGCUGGCCCUUUCCCAGCCUCCCCUGUGCCCACCCUCUCUUCUCCUUCAGCCCCUCCCUCCUCCAGUCUGUCCCUGUCCUCCAGCCCACAACUAUCCUGUUCCCACUCCACCCUUUCUUAAUUUCUUCCCUCCCACCUCCUGGUGCUCCUUUCCCCAGCUCACUUGUCUCACCCCCUCCCCUCAGCAGCUUCUCCCUCCUUCAGCCUAGCCCCUCUUCACGGCUGAUUCCCCCCGCCCCUGGUUCCCUGUCCCCGCCCCUCCGCGGGCCGCCUCCCUCCUCCCAAGCUGUACCCAGCACCUCUCCAGUCUAGCCCCCUCCCCGGGGCUCCUCUCUUCGCUACCCCGCCCCCCGCCCCUAGUUCCUCUGUCCCCGCCCCCUCUGUUGGGCUCCGCCUUCCCCGUCCCUCCCGGGUUCCCCUCCUCGCAUCCCCUCUCCUCCCUCCUCCCUGCUCUCCCUCAGUCCCUGGCUUCUCUCCCUUCCUCUCCCUCUCCUCCUCGGGCGGAGGCGCCCACCACCGCGGGGGCCCAACGGGGACCGGCCGGGCAGCAAGGCAGGACCCCACCACCCCCCAUGGCUCCCUUGGCCUUGGUGGGGGUUGUGCUCCUCCUGGGGACACCCCACUGCUUGGGGGAAGCCACUCCGACCCCUUCCCUGCCGCCUCCCCCAGCUAACGACAGCGAUGCCAGCCCAGGUGGCUGCCAAGGCUCCUACCGCUGCCAACCGGGGGUGCUGCUGCCUGUGUGGGAACCCGAUGACCCGUCACUGGGGGACAAGGCUGCUCGGGCCGUGGUGUACUUUGUGGCCAUGGUCUACAUGUUCCUGGGUGUGUCCAUCAUCGCCGACCGCUUUAUGGCGUCCAUCGAGGUCAUCACGUCCAAGGAGAAGGAGAUAACCAUCACCAAGGCCAACGGGGAGACCAGCGUGGGCACUGUGCGCAUCUGGAAUGAGACAGUGUCCAACCUCACACUCAUGGCGCUGGGCUCCUCCGCGCCCGAGAUUCUGCUGUCUGUCAUUGAGGUCUGUGGCCACAACUUCCAGGCGGGGGAGCUGGGCCCAGGCACCAUCGUGGGCAGCGCCGCCUUCAACAUGUUUGUGGUCAUUGCCGUGUGCGUGUAUGUCAUCCCAGCUGGAGAGAGCCGUAAGAUCAAACACCUGAGGGUCUUCUUCGUCACGGCCUCCUGGAGCAUCUUCGCCUAUGUCUGGCUUUAUCUCAUUCUAGCAGUUUUCUCCCCGGGCGUGGUCCAGGUGUGGGAGGCGCUGCUGACGCUGGUCUUCUUCCCGGUGUGCGUGGUGUUCGCCUGGAUGGCGGACAAGCGGCUGCUCUUCUACAAGUACGUGUACAAGCGCUACCGCACCGACCCUCGCAGCGGGAUCAUCAUCGGGGCGGAGGGAGACCCGCCCAAGAGCAUCGAACUGGACGGCACGUUCGUGGGCACCGAGGUCCCGGGCGAGCUGGGCGCCCUGGGCGCGGGCCCCGCCGAGGCCCGCGAGCUGGACGCCAGCAGGCGGGAGGUCAUCCAGAUCCUGAAGGACUUGAAGCAGAAGCACCCGGACAAGGACCUGGAGCAGCUGGUGGGCAUCGCCAAGUACUACGCGCUGCUGCACCAGCAGAAGAGCCGCGCCUUCUACCGCAUCCAGGCCACGCGCCUCAUGACGGGCGCGGGCAACGUGCUGCGCAGGCACGCGGCCGACGCGGCCCGCAGGCCCGGCGCCGCCGACGGCGCGGACGACGAGGACGACGGCGCUAGCCGCAUCUUCUUCGAGCCCAGCCUCUACCACUGCCUGGAGAACUGCGGCUCGGUGCUGCUGUCCGUGGCCUGCCAGGGCGGCGAGGGCAACAGCACCUUCUACGUGGACUACCGCACGGAGGACGGCUCCGCCAAGGCCGGCUCCGACUACGAGUACAGCGAGGGCACGCUGGUGUUCAAGCCGGGAGAGACGCAGAAGGAGCUGCGCAUCGGCAUCAUCGACGACGACAUCUUCGAGGAGGACGAGCACUUCUUCGUGCGGCUGCUGAACCUGCGCGUGGGCGACGCUCAGGGCAUGUUCGAGCCCGACGGCGGCGGGCGGCCCAAGGGGCGGCUGGUGGCGCCGCUGCUGGCCACCGUCACCAUCCUGGACGACGACCACGCGGGCAUCUUCUCCUUCCAGGACCGCCUGCUGCACGUGAGCGAGUGUAUGGGCACCGUGGACGUGCGCGUGGUGCGCAGCUCGGGCGCGCGGGGCACCGUGCGCCUCCCCUACCGCACGGUAGACGGCACGGCCCGCGGCGGCGGCGUGCACUACGAGGACGCCUGUGGGGAGCUGGAGUUCGGCGACGACGAGACCAUGAAGACCCUUCAGGUCAAGAUAGUGGACGACGAAGAGUAUGAGAAGAAGGACAACUUCUUUAUCGAGCUGGGCCAGCCCCAGUGGCUGAAGCGGGGCAUCUCAGCUCUGCUACUCAACCAAGGGGAAGGGGACAGGAAACUGACGGCGGAGGAGGAGGAAGCCUGGAGAAUAGCAGAGAUGGGCAAGCCAGUUCUUGGGGAGAACUGUCGCCUCGAGGUCAUCAUUGAGGAGUCUUAUGACUUUAAGAACACAGUGGAUAAACUCAUAAAGAAAACGAACCUGGCCUUGGUGAUUGGGACUCAUUCGUGGAGGGAACAGUUUUUAGAGGCAGUUACGGUGAGCGCAGGGGACGAGGAGGAGGAGGAGGACGGGCCUCGGGAGGAGCGGCUGCCGUCCUGCUUUGACUACGUGAUGCACUUCCUCACGGUGUUCUGGAAGGUCCUGUUUGCCUGCGUCCCGCCCACGGAGUACUGCCACGGCUGGGCCUGCUUUGGCGUCUGCAUCCUGGUCAUCGGUCUGCUCACGGCCCUCAUCGGAGACCUGGCCUCCCACUUUGGCUGUACCGUGGGCCUCAAGGACUCAGUCAACGCCGUGGUCUUCGUGGCGCUGGGCACCUCCAUCCCUGACACGUUCGCCAGCAAGGUGGCCGCGCUGCAGGACCAGUGCGCCGACGCGUCCAUCGGCAACGUGACGGGCUCCAACGCCGUGAACGUGUUCCUGGGCCUGGGGGUGGCCUGGUCAGUGGCUGCGGUGUACUGGGCCGUGCAGGGCCGCCCCUUCGAGGUGCGUACGGGCACGCUGGCCUUCUCCGUCACCCUCUUCACCGUCUUCGCCUUCGUGGGCAUCGCAGUGCUGCUCUACCGGCGCCGGCCACACAUCGGCGGCGAGCUGGGCGGCCCGCGGGGACCCAAGCUGGCCACCACCGCGCUCUUCCUGGGCCUCUGGUUCCUCUACAUCCUCUUUGCCAGCCUCGAGGCCUACUGCCACAUCCGGGGCUUCUAAGGCCCUAGCCGCCGCCCAAGGGUGGGAACUGGUGGCGUUUGUUCUUGGGCCCACCCCUGUCCACCAGCCCAGACUCAGCCUGGGCUCCUGGGUCUUCUCUCCUGGGCUCCCUCCUCGCCAGCCCUCUUCCUGGGAUCAGCCUCUCUUUCGGGCUUCUUCUCGGCCCCCUCCAGCCCAUCCGAAACCCCUGGCCAAACACCCACCCACCGGUCACCACCUUCUCUGUCUGCCGGGACAACCAGCCUGAUCGCCCUCUCGUGUCCCCUCCCUUGAGCCACAAACCUCUAUCUGUGCCCCAGAUAGAGGGGGCAUCUCCCCAGGCGCCUCGGAGAGAGGCUGUGCCAUCCCAGGAUGCCACCCUUCCUGCCCCCCUAACCCUCAGGGAGCUCCCAGCAGUGCCCAGAGGAAGGAAAAAGGGGCUGUGGGCAAGAGUGGGGGCGGGGCACGCACUUUCCCAGGAUUUCUUCACUCAGAGGCUUGGGGGGAGGGGCAUUUGGAGUCUCCGUCCCCAGGCUGGAGGAGGUACACCUUGAACCCACCACCUGUGACAUUCCAGCGCCCUGCUCGCCCUCCGCUACCUCUGAGAGCCAAGCCAUGCCUUGGAGGGAGGGGCCUGUGUGUGUAUAUAGUGUGUCUGGGGGAGGGGGGCGCGGGAGGGUGCAUGUCUUGGGGGAAGGGGCCUUGACAGACUUUCCCUUUGGAGAGGGCAGCACUCAGCCUUGAGAACCAGCAGCGGAGGAGAAUCGAAGGGAGUCCAGCUGACCUCCCCUGGGGUAGUCUAGAAGGUUCAUUUUUGCCCUCAGUGCCAGCCAAUCUGGGCAGGACCCUUGAAGAGGAGACCGAGGGUCCCAGAGGACCAAUGCUACAAGCCAGCAAAUGCUGCCACAUUUCUGCCUGUUGGGGGGCGGGGGGGGGAGGGGAGGGGGGGUCUGGGUGGGCAUUUUUAACCUUGUGGGCCACACAUCUGUCGGCAGGCCACCUGCAUUUUCUUACUGUCGAUGUUUCCUGCCCAAGAGGACAUCCUUGGGGAAUGGGGAGUGUUUGCCCACUCCUUCUGACCCCACAUGACCCUGCCACCCUCAGAGCCUCCUGCUCUCCCUAAUUUAUUAUUAUUUUUGCAUUUUCUCCUUCAGUUGUGCACCAGAUCCAUUAUCCACUGCCCUUCUCACCCCUGGCUCAUCAGCGUCACUCGCUGUCCCUUCUCUGUGAUUUCUGUAAAAAUUGCCAUAAAACUUUGAAAUUCUGCCUGAA